UAAAUCUCCGUGAUCGAGUGAGAAGCCUAAUUGCCCUGGAUUUGUUGCGAUCACUCUUCGUUUCUGUCGGUUUCUUCGUAUGAUCGAUGGAUUCGGAGACGGUAAGGAUACGUCUGAUCUUCGAAGAGGGGCACCUGCUGAGCAAGUCGCAGAGGAUAAAUGGCCUCAAACGGAGCUGGAUUCUUCUGAAAUCCCACCUCCAUUCCAUUUCCGACUUCUCUUCCUAUCUUCUUGACUUUUUCCUACUUCGUAAUGCUUGUCCUGAUGGUCUCAUUCUUUCUAUGGAUGGUUUUGUUUUACCACCUUUUGAGCCUACUGCUGUUUUGAAGGAUAAAGAUAUUGUCAGGGUGAAGAAGAAGGAGGACAAUGUAACUGCGGUUGAUAAGGUCGCAGACAUGGUGGAGGGGCAAUCUGCUGAUAUAGAUGUCCAGCUUCAAGCCAACGAGGAGCUUGUGAUGGAUGGUAGUGACUACAAAAAUGUAGCAGAUGAAGAUGAAACCUAUGAUCUUCCACAUCAGUUGGAAGAUACUUUGGAGGCGGGAAGCAAUAAGAAAACCUUUUGUAGGAAGAGGAAGGCACUGAAAACACCUCACAGUUCAAAGACAAAGAAAAAUAGAUAUGCUCUGACUGCAAAAUGUCUGCGUGCUCCAUCAAAUCUUCAGCAGCAUAUUGAUCUAGACCACAAUCAAAGAUUCCAGCAGGAUGUUAUGCUUCCAGAAAAGAGUCCGGUCAAGAAGCCUAAAUCAUCCAAUGUUCAUACUGAUGCAUACGACUCCAACAAGAAAAAUCUUAAAAAGGAUAAAAAGCAAUUGAUGAGGAAACAAGACAAAGCCCAGAAGGAAAAGGUACAGCAAAGAAUAGUUGAAAAGAGUAAGAGUAAGUUACCUGAUGAAAAUUACUUUGAGGAAUCUGAAAAGCUAGCUGGCAGUAGUGAUGAUGAAGAAAUUGUCCCCGUGGUAGUCAGACCAGGACAUGUUCGUUUUCUGCCUUCUGGACAAGCAAACCAAUUUGUCCAUCCAGCUGAAACUUCAAUGGACACCUCAUCGUUGGAUAGGAUAACAAUCAAAAAGGGACAAAAAUGGGGUAAAGGGAAAUCCUCGUCUUGGAGGAGUAACUGCAAGAAUUGUGAGGGACAAAGUUCUACACUGCAAGUUAAAAAAGAUUUUGCAACUUGGAACUACCCAAUUGACUUCGAUAAACUCAAACCUUGUGCUAGCUUGCCCAAGGGAGGUGACAUAAUUGCAUAUCGUUUAAUUGACUUAUCAUCAUCGUGGACUCCAGAACUUUCCUCCUUCAGAGUUGGAAAGGUAUCAUGGUGUAAACCUGAAGCAAAUAAGAUUAUGCUAAUUCCUGUUCCAGAAUAUCCAUUUGUUUUCAAAAAGGCAGUGAAUGAGGUAUCAGCUACACAAGUGGACACUUCUCCAUAUGCGAAAGAUGGCUCUCUAAAGGCAGAUUACUCCUCACUUGUAGACAUCCGAAUUGUUGGGCGUGAAAACUCAAGUAGUUUUGAAGAAGCUGCUAAUAAAAUUAGUGAAGUAUCUAGUACAAAACAAAGCUGGAACAAGUGGGAGAACCAUUCCAGUGCACCAAAACAAAGCUGGAACAAGUGGGAGAACCGCACCAGUGCACCUAAACGAAGCUGGAAAAAGUGGGAGAACCAUACCAAUGCACAGGAAAAUGGGAAGGAAAAUGCAUGGGAUGAAAUUCUCCAGGCAUGGAGCGCAAAGAAAACUAAUGUGUCCAAGGAAGUUCGAUGGAGUAGAGCAGAAAAGAAAGUUCAGGAAGGAGCUCAUCGUUCAUGGUAAAUUGCCUCCUGCGAGUGAGCUUUGGUAUCAUGUAAAGUCAAGCACCACAAGCGCAUACUGUUUACCUAUCAAUUUAUGUAAUUCUGUACAAAAUUUUACCACUUGUUCUAUAAAAGGCGAGAAGGCUAUGGAAGCUAGGCAUUUUGUUUGAGCAGUUAGGUUCAGUUCAAACGUAGGGUAGAAGUAAUUUAAUUUUGUUGUAGAAACCUUCUGUCACGGUGGAACUUUGAAGUACAACGAAGUGGGAAUGUUGCGUAGCUUUCGUCCCAAGAUUAUUUCAGCCACAAAAAUGGAGAUAUUCUAUCUUUCUGUGCUUCUCUUUCCCAGAUUCAAUGAAUAUGUAAACAAGCGCACUAUUAACCAUUUCUAAGAAA